AUGCCCCAGCUCAGCAGCGGCGGAGGGGAUGACCUGGGGGCCAAUGACGAGAUGAUCGCCUUUAAGGACGAAGGGGAGCAAGAGGAGAAGAUCCAGGAAAACGCCUUCACCGAGCGCGAUCUGGCCGACCUCAAGUCCUCGCUGGUGAACGAGUCGGAGAGCAACAGUAGCCCCGCUGCCGCGGCGGCCGAUCCGGAGGCGAUCAGGCGUGUGCAAGAUCCACAAAGGGUUUAUCAGGAGAAACUCCCGGAUCACAUGGAAGAUGGUAUAAAGCAUCAGGACACGGGGAUGUACAAAGGAUCUGCUUAUUCUGGCUACCCUUUUCUAAUGCUCUCAGACCCUUAUCUGCCAAAUGGAUCUAUGUCACCUUUGUCCAACAAGGUUCCUGUAGUGCAGCCGUCCCACGGAGUCCAUCCACUCACCCCACUCAUUCCAUACAGCAACGAACAUUUCAGCCAUGGCUCCCACUCACCACACCUGCCAGCCGACAUCAACCAGAAACAAGGUGUGCACCGUCCUUCCCAAACAUCGGAUAUCCCUGGUUUCUACUCCCUCCCUCCUGGUGGGGUUGGACAGAUAACACCUUCUAUGGGAUGGCAGAGCCAGUCUGUCUAUCCGCUCCCGUCAUGUGGAUUUAGACAGCCGUAUUCGUCAGCGCUCUCUGCUGGGGCUACUUUCUCCAGGUUUACACAUCCCCUGAUGCUGAGCUCUGGAAUGCAUACCACUGGAAUCCCUCAUCCAGCCAUAGUACCCCAUUCCGGGAAGCAAGAAAUGGAUCAUUACGACCGGACCAUGAAACCCCAACCAGAACCAAAGAGAGAGAAAGAAGCCAAGAAGCCCACUAUCAAGAAGCCCCUGAAUGCUUUCAUGUUGUAUAUGAAAGAAAUGCGGGCAAAAGUCAUUGCUGAGUGCACCCUGAAAGAAAGUGCAGCUAUCAAUCAGAUUUUAGGAAGGAGGUGGCACGCACUGUCACGGGAGGAGCAGGCCAAGUACUAUGAACUGGCUCGGAAGGAACGGCAGCUUCACAUGCAGCUCUACCCAGGCUGGUCUGCUAGAGAUAACUAUUCUUCAGGCUCUUCAGCCCGUGAACACACUCAGUUAUACUCAGGGCCCCUGGAAUUCUGCGGCACUUCAGGGCCAGUUUCUGCGGCAAGGGGAAAAAAGAAAAGACGAGCAAGAGAAAAGCAGCAAGACUCCAAUUCAGGAGGAAAAAGAAGUGCAUUCGGUACUUACAAGGAGAAGGACCCUGUUCCAGCCCAGUUUCUUCCGAUGGAAGUGCUAUAGACUCCCCUCCCUCUCCUCUGGAUACACUCCAAUGCAUAUCCUCUGCUUUUACUUCAGACAAGCUUGCUACACCUGCUGAUUUCGCACA